CAGCGCAGGAGGUUGCGGCUGCAGAGAGUCCAACAAGGCGGACUAACUUCAGGCUACUUUACAUAAACAGGACGCAGCAGAUGACCAGUGGCCAACCCUGCCCGUACACACUGAGACACGGAUACACGGGUGGGAGAGUGCGAUGUCUUCUCCGGGCGCCUCCUCCAACCCUCUGAACACCCUGGCACCCAAAAGGAAGACGAAAAAGAAACACUUUGUGCAGCAGAAAGUGGAGGUUUUCCGAGCCAGUGACCCCGUGAUGAGCGUCCUGAUGUGGGGAGUCAAUCACUUGAUUAAUGACCUGAGCCAGGUGCCUGUACCUGUCAUGCUGCUUCCAGACGACUUCAAAGCCAGCACCAAGAUCAAAGUGAACAACCACCUCUUCAACAAGGAGAAUCUUCCAGGACAGUUCAAAUUUAAAGAGUAUUGUCCACAGGUAUUCAGAAACCUGCGAGAGCACUUUGGUAUCGAGGACCAAGAUUACCAGGUGUCUCUGGCCCGCAGCCCUCCACUCAAAGAUGAGGACGGGCAGUGCGUGGGGCUGCUGCUGACGUCAUAUGACCGCACUUUGGUAGUUAAAGAAAUCUCCAGCGAGGAGGUGGAGGGAAUGCACAACAUCCUCUCUGAGUAUCACCAGCAUAUUGUCACCUGUCACGGCAAUACGCUGCUCCCUCAGUUCCUGGCCAUGUACAGAGUCACUGUGGAGAGCGAGGACACCUACCUGUUAGUUAUGAGGAACAUGUUCAGCCACAGACUGCUUGUACACAGGAAGUAUGACCUCAAGGGGUCCCGGGUGUCUCGUGAAGCAAGUUUUAAAGAGAAGGUGAAGGAGCUGCCUACGUAUAAAGACGUAGACUUCAGGAAUAACAUGCAAAAAGUUUACGUCAGUGAUGAGGAGAAGGAGAAGAUCUUGGACAAGCUCAACAGAGAUAUUGAGUUUCUGGUGUGUAUGAGGAUCAUGGACUACAGCCUGCUGCUGGGCAUCCAUGAUGUGGAGCGAGCUGAGAGGGAGGAGGAGGAGAUGGAAUCUUCCUAUGAAGAGGAAGAGGAGGAUGAGAACGACCUGGCUCCUGCUCCGGGCUCCACCUCCCCUGAGGGUAUCGGUGGCUACAUGAACUCCUUCAAACCCAUGGGUGCCGGGGAGUUCGACCCUUAUGUGGAUGUGUAUGCUAUUCAGAGCGCUGUAGGUGCACCCCAGAGGGAGGUGUAUUUUAUGGGUCUGAUUGACGUGCUGACGCAGUAUGACACCAAGAAGAAAGCUGCUCACGCUGCCAAGGCUGUCAAACACGGGGCUGGAGCAGAAAUCUCAACAGUUCAUCCAGAGCAGUACGCGAAGCGUUUCCGGGAGUUCAUCACUAAGAUCUUUGCCUAGUUGAAGGAUUCAAUCCAGGCUACCUUCAUCAUCUAAUACAAGAGGAGUCUCACUGUGCAAUACUAAUGUCAUCUCAAAUCAACAUCAAGAAGCACUGAAAGUUUCUAAAUGAUUUACCCUCCAUAUCAUUCUGUACUGCAAGAUGGACUGUGCAUUUAUUCUGAUGAAAAAUUGGAAUUUGCAGGAGAAAAGUCUUCUAAGUUAACACCUCUGACAUAAACAUAUUCUUCCUAGUGGCCAGUAGGGGAGGAGAUGAUGAGAAAAACACAUUUUGUCAGCACAUUCAUUUUGUUGUGUCCAGCUUUACUUCAACGGAGGUCUCACUUACUGCCACCGGGGAGAAAAUAUCUUAAAUAUUAAUUUGUGACAAACUCUUUUCCCACACUUGACACAAGAACAUAAAUUGGGCAAAUCUACAGGGUCUGAAAUAUGAACAAUUCAAUGAUAAUCUCCUCUGCAGCACCCGUUUGGGAUUUAAGAUGUUAAGUCUGAUGUUAUAUAAUACACGAAAUGUAGCCAAAGGCAGAUUUAAAGUACCAUCUAUUGAAAACCCAUUUUCAUGAAGAGUAAACAAAUAUACCAGACUGGCAAUUUCAUUAGAAAUUCCUCAGCUUCUGGUCACAGUUUCACUGUUUUGUUUUCCUUAUAAAUAAGGUAAAUAAGUGCACAUCUGGAAUGAUCUGUAAUAUACACAAAGACAAAUAUUCUAAUUUAGUUUGUAUUUUGGAAGUCAAAAACUAAAAAGUUUUACUUGCACAUCACCAGUAGUGCUUCAGGGCAACAUUCUUCUCAGCUCAGUGUUCAGUAUUUAUUUUGUUACAGCGCAGUGCCGUGUUAGCUUCCGGGGAUGCUACACACAAGCUUGCAUCAUCUAAAAGGCACCACAACACACUAAUUAUUAAACUGUAAGUUGAUCAAAGAGCUUUUAUGUCAAAUGCUGUAGCUUGGAUCCAGCAUCUUAUUGUACGCCACUUGUUUUGCCUUUGAAUGAUAUUAACUAUUUAACAACAUAAUACCCACUUCAGUAACGUAUCAAAGGAGUCACAAAGUUAAGAUCGGUGUAACUUUAACAAGUGAAUGCGACUAAAAGCAAAAUGUGAUGCAAAGCAUCCCAGAUCUAAUGGUACAUGUGUUCCUCUAAAUGUAUUCUCAGUGGUAAGGCAUUCAUUUUUGUCCGUAUUUAGUCCGUCUCGUCUGUCCCAGUCCUCCUGGCACACAUCCCUGAAUCUCCUAUGAUUAUCAUGAGGAUUUCACUUUUAGUAGCUGAGUGGACAAACAGGCAGAGGAGGGACAAGAUUAGGAGAGACAAAGAUUGUGAGAAUAACUCUAAUAUAUGCCUUUAACUAGUUCAAAUUGUUUGUAUCAUAAGUACUCGCAGGGACUGGACAUAAACUGACACAGCAGUCAUACUUUGUUGGUUUUUUUAAUAGAGUCCAGACUAUUACAAUGUUAUUUUGAGUCAGGUUUUGUAUUUAAAAUACAUCUUCAAGAGCCAAGGAAUGGUCAAAACUGCACAAGCCUGAUGAUGAUCGGUAAAAACAUGAGGGCACAGAAGAAGGAUGUAAUAGCUCGUACUCCAAACUGGUUUUGUGCCUUUCAUGCACAUAAAUUCUGGUUUGCAAAUUAAUCUAAAUAUAUUUUUGUGAAAUGUGAUUUUAAAAUCAUUAUGCAAUUAAUAAGUAGUUUCAGGUCAGAUAUAUCAACCGUUUUCCAUUGACCUCUUAUACACUUCACUUUAAACAGGUCAUAGCAAGCUAACAUUAGUUUUGUCAGGUGUGAAUUCAGUAAGCUCAACAUGUGCAGUGUAAACUGAUUUCAUUUAAACAUGUGUAAGACUAUGCUGGACUUGAGCUUAUAAGCAGCUCCAAGUGAAAGUGUGUAGUUAACUUAACCAUCUGACAAACUUAAGAUAACAUAUGCCCAGUUUACAGUAAAAUAAAUAUGACUACAGUCAAUCUGACCUGAAACUUGAUAAAUGCUGUUAAAUAAUAAUGCAAAGCUUGAAGACUUUAAAUUACAAUUCAUGAAAAUAACACACCAUAAAUCAUUAGUAAGUCACUAGUUUGAAAGUAACAAUUUACUAAGAACUUUACACACAAACUUAGUAAAGGUUUUACGAAUGACUGGCAACCUAGUUCAGGUAGUUAAUGGAUGUCAAUAUGUAUAUGUUUAAACAACUAAUCUCUUUGUAGAAAGUAUUGUGCAACCAGUUUGAAUGUAUUGAUGCAUAAACUCCACUUAUUCAACACUUACGUUACAACUAGACUAAGUUUGAAUUUAUGAACAGCAAACUGGCUCCUGGUCUUCUGAGUUUUCAGGAAAACAUUUCACAAUAAGGUCCAUCUCGUAUAAGAAAGAAAGCAAAUGCUGUUGAGAACAUUAUAUUUGGAAACAUAGAUAGCUUUCUAGGUAAAAAGAAAGAGUGGUUAUGUGUUUGGUUAAUCUCAAACAUUCCCAUGUCGGCAACAAUUUUGCACCAACUAUAAUUUCUCCUACAUGCUUGGAAGGUGAGCGAUAUUCAGUUGGUUGCAGUCUUUAAUUUCAACACUAAAUGCCAAUAAAUCCUACACACUGGUCCUUUAA